GGUGUUCUACUCCGGUCGAAUCAAGGGCGGUGGCGCAGGCCGACGACGACCAGGGUCGGCAUGCUGGAGCCGGCGAUGGUGAGAUCUCUGCGACGGCAGCUAGGGCGCCCGAUCUGGGCCCAGAUGGGCUUCAACGAGCCGCUCCACACGCAAUCGUGCAUCUUCGCUAAUCCGGCUACGUCAAGCGGCGUCUUGGUUGGACCUGCAACACGAGGGCGUCGGGGGCUCUGGCCCUAGACGCGGCAGUGGUGGCCAUCUCCUUCGCCGGAGGUGGUCGGCCUGACGCUAGAUGGGCAGAUCUCGAGAUCCAUCAUCUAACUACGGUUGCGAGUCGGGAAGACAUAGUUGCCGGUGAAAACUGAGCCGAUGGCAGGUAAUGGCGGCGUUCUGUGUCGUUACCUUGAUGAAGGCAUCGUCGUGUAACUAUUGUCGAUGCAUUCGUGCUGCUCCGGGGGAAACCCUAGAAUCUGGUUUUCCAGAUCCGACGAUGGCGGCACUGCAGUGUCGUUUCUUGCUUGGAGUCAUCGUUUGUGGAGCAGCGCUGGAAGUCAGAGGCAGGAGGUGGAGUGGCUUCAUCUUGCAUGGAGCUUCGGUGGAGAUGUCAAGUCAUGCCUGGCCGACAGGUGUUACGCCGUGUCAUGCCUGGUCGGCAGGUGCUACGCACGACAGAUCUUUCAAAGACUUGAAGUUGUGUCGGCUGGUGGUACUUGGCGACAUGCUGCUGAGGUGUACCGGUAGCGACCGCGACGUGCUCAGUAGUUCGCGCGCAGGGAGGUGGUGCUAUUGGGCGCCGUGGUGGCGUCGACGGCAACUAGACCGGGCAAGGAUGAUGCGUCAGUACAGCUCUAAAGAUGGAAUGGUGGCAGUUGGCGGCGGCGGCCUCUAAGAGGGCGCCGGACCGGUGUGUGCCCCGUACCUGGUAAGUGGCUUGGUUGGGGUCUCAGGUCUUAGAUGUUAGGCUUGAUUGCGAGGUAUGUGGUAUUAGGCCCGGACUAUGAGCAUCCUUCCAUCAACUGGAUAGGAGUAGCGACAGAUGUUGUCUAGAUGGUGGCUUCAGACUUACUGCUGUAUUUUUUUGUAAGAUCUUUUGUGAAUAUCAAUAAAGUGGCUGCAUGCAUUGCCCAGAUGCAGAGGCCGGAGGUCUUCCUCCUUUUCUAAAAUAAACAAAUAUGGAGAAAAUAUCUCUUUCUCGAACAAUUGCGAUAAUCUUAUAGUUGAACAAACAAAUUACCACGUGCAUAUGAAAACAUACUCUAUCCAUGAUCUUAAUCAUGUCCCAGGCUCCCAGAAUAAACCAAGCACGUGCAGUGCUGUAUAGGUUCACCUGCGUAAAAGAGAAGCCCUCUGUUCUUUCCUGGUUUUGGCGCGAACCACGGCCACCGUUCAGAAAUUUCUAUAUUUGAACGAGCGCUCCUCGUGCUUCUCCAAUCUCCCAACCCAAACAAGGCACACCCGCUGUAUAGAAUUAUAAGCUCGCGACGACACAAUGGGCACAAAGGGAAGGGAGGGUGCACCAUUCCAUUCUCCACAAGAUCGUAAGAAGGAAGAAUGAGGGGCAUCUUCUCUCUGACAAUGGCGCCGCUCCUCCGCCCUGGCGCCCUCGCCGCGGCGCUACUCGCCCUCGCCGUCGUCGGGGUGGCGCAGGGCCAGCAGGUGGGACUCUUGAGGGUGCCGAACAGGUCCCCGCCCACCAAGGCAAACAUGGACAGGGUGGUGCUCCCCGUGGACAAUGCCGGGGGAUUCGCCGGUUUGUGGAACAUCCUGAGCGAGAACGCGGGCGUGUCCGCGAUGCACCUGGCGGUGAUGCGGCACGGCAAGGCCGUCAUGUUCGACACGACCACGACGGGGCCGUCGCUCAUGCAGCUGCCGGCAGGGAACUGCCGCGUCGACCCCCGGAGCGACCCGCCGGGCGGCAUGGACUGCUCGGCGCACGCCGUGGAGUUCGAUUACAACACUGGCGCGGUCCGGCCUCUCAAGAUCUUAACCGAUACGUGGUGCUCGUCGGGAGCGUUCGACGUGGACGGCAUGCUGGUGCAAACGGGCGGCUACUUCGAAGGGGUGAAGGUUGUGAGACGCCUGAACCCACAAGGAAAUGCCGACUGGGUCGAGUUCCCCAAUACCUUGGCCGAAGGAAGAUGGUACGCAACGCAGCAGGUGCUCCCGGACGGCCGCUUCAUCGUGGUCGGCGGGCGGCGAUCGUUCAGCUACGAGUUCGUCCCGGCCGCCGGCCAGUUGAACACCCAAUUCACUCCCCUCCCGCUUCUUCAACAAACGACAGAUGACGUGGAGAACAACCUGUACCCCUUCGUCCACCUCCUCCCGGAGGGGACCGUCUUCCUCUUCGCCAACGACCGCUCCAUCGUUUUCGACCCCCAGAACGGGCAGGUCCUCCGCGAGCUCCCGAAGCUCAACGGCGGUGCACGGAACUACCCUGCCUCCGGCAUGUCCGCUCUGCUUCCCCUCGAUCUCCGCCGCGGUGAGAGGCUGAGCGCGGAGGUGAUAGUGUGCGGCGGCGCCCCCAAAGAAGCCUUCAAGCUCGGCGAGGCCAACAAGUUCCCGCACGCGCUCCGGGACUGCGGGCGCAUCAACCCGUCUAAGCCCGGGGCGCGGUGGGCGAUCGACUUCAUGCCAGUGGGCCGCGUGAUGGGCGACAUGCUCAUACUGCCCACCGGAGACCUCCUGCUGCUCAACGGCGCCGCCCAGGGCUGCUCGGGGUGGGUUUUCGCCCGGGAACCGGUGCUGACCCCGCUUCUCUACUCUCCGCGGAAACGACGGGGCGCGCGGUUCCGCGCCCUGGCCGCGUCCAACAUCCCACGCAUGUACCACUCCAGCAGCGCCGUGCUGCCCGACGCCACCGUGCUCGUGGCCGGCGGCAACACCAACUCGGCCUACAACUUCUCUGGCGUCGACUUCCCGACGGAGGUGCGCGUCGAGCGGUACACCCCGCCGUACCUCGCCCCGGAGCUUGUCGCCACCAGGCCGGAGAUCGACCUGGCGUCGGUCCCAGCGAACGGGGUGAAGUACGGGGACAAGCUCACGCUCAGGUUCACGUCGCGCGGGCCAGCCGUGACCGAGGCCGACAUGAAGGUGACCAUGUACGCGCCGCCGUUCACCACACACGGCUUCUCGCAGAAUCAGCGGCUGCUGGUACUGCAGGUCACCGCGUUCAAGCCAGAAGGGAACAAGUACAAGAUCACGGCCCAGACGCCGUCCAAGCCGACGCUCGCGCCGCCAGGCUACUACUUGGUGUUCGUUCUGGUCAAGGGGGUGCCGAGCAAAGCCGCUUGGGUGAAGAUACACCCCUGAUGAGCUGACUCUCCGGGUGCAUGCAUGCUGUUCAGAUGGCGACUGGCACGACGAUAUGCCAUAGAGUAACAGCAUGCCCGCGGCCCGCCAAGCAAAAGAUUUCCAUGGGGCGUAGGCAGUCCACACCGCCCAUAUGGUCUCUCCAAAUGUACUUUACUAGUGCACAAAUAUAUAUUUACACUAGAGACUUGGGUCGAAAAGGUUAAUCGAUCCAAACUGCAACUUUGUAGUGUGCUUAGUCUUGUAAAGCGGAAGAACGCAGAGUAAAAGUGUACGUGAAAUCAAUUCUUUUUGUUUUUGAUUUCGUAACUCUUGUAUUGGUUGUGGAGAGCAAUAUGAACAAUUCUCCACUUAUAACAGACAUGGUGUCACUAGCAUUCAAGUUCCAUUUGUUUCUUUACUAUACUCA